UUUCCUUUUCUAUGGGGAAUUCCCAAAUAGUAAGUUAGUCAAAGACUGAAGCAUCCACAAAUUUGGAGUCGCCACGUUGUAAUUUGAAGAGGCGAUGAUGAGUGAAGAGAAAAGGGUGACAACCAGCUCGUAAGAUUUUAUAUAUUAUAUGGUAUCGUCUAUAACAGUUCUUGUAUUAGAUUCUGCUGUAAACAGAGAUUAGAGUAAACAUGGCCAACGAACCUAACAGCUUCAGUUGCAGCAUAUGUCUUAAUGAAUAUAAUAAGCCUAAAAUAAUUAAUUGUUAUCAUACGUUCUGUGAAUCAUGCCUGGGUGAUUAUGUAGCCCAGGCCGCGACCAACAACAAGUUCGCCUGUCCACUGUGUAGAAUGGAAAUCACGGUGCCUGAUGGAGGAGUCAAGGAUUUCUCCGCGAACUUUUACAUUACAGACACACCCCAAGUAUCUCCCCAACAACCAGUCGAAAUUCAACAGACCUCUAGACAUAUGUGUACUCUACAUUUGAGAGAAAGGGAUAUAUUUUGUUGUAAUUGUUGCGACGCCGUAUGUAGCGAAUGCUUUUUAUUUGGACAUCCCGGCCAUUCCAGAGAACCUGUUCACGAUGUUGAAAAUAUACUGAUAAGAAAACUUACACAGUUGAGAGAAGAUAUUCAGGCUAAUAUUUUGAAAGAUCAAGAAACUGUGGCCUCUGGGACAAGGAUUCGGAAUAAGCAACCCUUCAAGAAAAAAGAAUCAAGGGCAUGUCUUUCUGUAAGGAUAAAGAGAAAUGAAGCCCUGGAAAGAAGAAUAUCAAAAGUCUUGGCAAACCACAAUCUGUAUGAAAUGCUAGACGAAAUCAGUAUAUUUGGACUUAUAUUGGGCAGUGCUAGAAAUGAGUUGAACACAACACAUGUAGUUUCUCAUCCAACAGCGGAUACAAACCGUGGUGAAUUGUUGGCAGAAGACAAAGAGGAACAUGCUACAGAAUCCGACGAACUGGAUGAAGGAGAUGAUCUGAAUUCAUUAGUCAGAUUGCCUGGCGAAUAUAGCCCGAAUGUACGAACAGAGGAUGAUGGUGGUCGAGUAUUCGAAUCAGAUGAACCGAAUUAUAAUCUACAACCAGAAGAUUUAAAUGACAACUCUUCACAUGGACCUGACAUUAGCGACCAGUAUGAUUUAUUGGACUUCCCUGUACCCAGACAAAUCAUUUACUUUCAUUGUAACACAAUUAUUCAGAGGUUCGAUAUAAAUGUCCAUGGCAAGAAAAACAAAUCGUUAAGCAGUCCAACAUUUGAUAUUCUAGGCGAAUUGUGGUCUUUGGAAUGUAAAUACGAAAAUCGACAUCAAUGUCGAAAAUCACUUAAUUUAAGAAUUUCUCUUAAACACAUGUCAAGUAGUUCAUCAUCAAUACUCGCCAAAUUUACCAUGGUACUAAAUGCACGAAGAACCGAGCCUGUGGUAAAUGAAAAUGGGUUUAACUUCACCCGGCGUUCAAAUAUUUACCAAUGUUUUAAUUCACAAAUAAGACAUUCCAAUUCAAUCACCUUAACUGUAAUUUUCCAUGAAGUCCAGGUUCCGUCUAGCUCGGGUAUUUAUAUAUCUCGAGUCCCAGUGGCCCCUACUCCUAUUCAUACGGAACCUGCAGGACUUUUGAUUUUGUUUGUAUUGGGUUUGAUCCUGAUAAAAAUUCUAACCUGAACAAUUAGAAUGUGCACGAAUUUGAGCUUUUAUUAUUAAUAAAAAUGAAUUUCUGUGAUGUCCGACAUGAAAGUAAGAGGAUCAUAUAAAAGAGUGCUCGGAGUUCAUGUGCUUUAAUGGAACGUUUCAGUCACUUGUGGAUCUUUACUCAAAUAUGACGUUUCAAUGUGUGCAAAACAUAUCGUGAUCCAAAAGAUGUGAUUUGUCGUGACGAAACGGACCUCUUCUAAUGACGUGAUAUGGAUAACCUAAAUAACUUUUAUCUAGUUCAAGGGCGAUAAACCGGUGUUAGCUCGGAGGUCUCAGAACUGGUUAGAUCUGGUUAUCCCAGUAGUAAAGACAAUGAUGUAAAUUAGUUUAUGUAUUUAAUAUUGUGUCUAUUUAUUAAUCACUGGAGUCCUCUAGGUAGUUUAGGUAUAAAUGAAAUACAGCGAGAUCUUACUACAAAGGUUAGUUAGAAUACAGAAAACAUAGAGUGGUUUCUCUAGCAAACCUGCCGUGACUGCCAGCGGUGAAAAACUGUUAGUAGUUUUUAGAAAUGGUUCUUGGUUAUAUUAUGGAAUUUGUGGAUAUCAAACCACGAAGUUCAAAUUUUUAAAUUCAAAGUUGUAAAUUUUAUAGCUAGCUGAAUUCUUAUUUUUUGUAGUAACUAUGUAAUGCUGUAGUGGGUGUUUAGAGCCAUUCUGGUUACCAUAGUAUUUUAUUCAUAAAUAAAUGACGUGACAAAGA